GGCUCCUCCCCGCGCCGGAGUCGGAAGGGCCCGGGUCUUUCUCCGAAAGGAGCAGCUGCAGCCCUAAGAAGAUUCUACUGGUUGUAGCGCUAUGGCGGAGCCCUUUGGGGACUGCGCUUCUCCGUGCAAGAACGGCUUCGAGGAAGCAAAGGAAACUGUGCACCCAAGGAAUUUGAUUCCAGAGCUUUGUCGGCAAUUUUAUCAUUUAGGAUGGGUUACAGGAACUGGUGGUGGAAUCAGCAUGAAACAUGGCAAUGGAAUAUAUAUUGCUCCGUCUGGUGUCCAAAAAGAAAGAAUACAGCCUGAAGACAUGUUUGUGUGUGAUAUCGAAGAAAAAGACAUCAGCGGCCCUCCGUUCUACAAGAAACUCAAGAAGAGCCAAUGUACACCUCUGUUCAUGAAUGCUUAUAUCAUGAGAGGAGCUGGAGCAGUGAUUCAUACUCAUUCCAAAGCUGCUGUAAUGGCCACACUUUUGUAUCCAGGAAAAGAGUUUAAAAUCACUCAUCAGGAGAUGAUAAAAGGAAUCAAGAAAUGUACUACAGGGGGAUAUUUCAGAUAUGAUGACAUGUUAGUAGUCCCUAUUGUUGAGAAUACACCUGAAGAGAAGGACUUGAAGGAGAGAAUGGCACAUGCAAUGAACACAUAUCCGGACACUUGUGCCGUGCUGGUCAGGCGUCAUGGUGUUUAUGUUUGGGGUGAAACUUGGGAAAAAGCCAAAACAAUGUGUGAAUGUUACGACUACCUUUUCGACAUUGCAGUACAAAUGAAACAACAUGGAAUUGAUCCUUCUGUAAUUCCCAAUGGAGAAAAUGGAAUUGUUUAGUAACGUUUUCCCUAAAAACUACCUUUCAGUACAGUACUAUUGGAUUUCUAGGACGUGUCUGAUUAUUAAACACUAACCAUUCAACAUUAUUUAUUAAGAGUCUGAAGGAUACCCAUCUUAAUUUCUAUUCCUCAUUGUAAAUAUUGAAUUAUACAACUCUCCUUUACCUCUCAAGUUAUGUAAUAACUUUUUGUUUUAGGAUCUUCUCUGAAAUUCAUAUUCUAGCAUUUAACAAUACAUCAUUAAAACAUGGUGGCCUUAUAACUUUUAAAUUCAGGAUUUCUUUUUUUUUCUUCUUUUUUUUUUUUACAGAAGAAACACAUCAUGAUAUCCAACAGGGGAAAUGUUCAAAACUAUUUCAUAUAUGUUUUGAAAGACUACCCUGAAUAAAAGUAUGCCAAAAUAAUACAUUAGUUUUUACUUUUGAAAAAUGACACUUUAAGAAAGUGAGCAGAUUUCUCCUACAUGCUGUUUUCUUUGGGUAACUCAAAAUACAUGUCAGCGCAGAAAUCAUUCCAAAAUUUUAGGUAUUUGAAAAAUAAUGAAAGCAGCCUGGAAAAAAAAAAUAGUAUGCAGAAAUGAAUGGUGUGUUUAUUUUAUCAAAGUGUUUUAGAAGGUGCCAAUGUAUUUAAUAACAUUAUAAAAGUUACAUAUGUCAUAACAAGAAGUAAAAUGGGAAUAUAUUGCUGUAAUUUGCACUUCAGCGUUACUUGCUCUGUGGGGAUGAGAUGGAUGCCAGGCACAAAGUUUGAAAGGCAGAGGUUUGUGAAGAUGACUAGUAACGAAAGAGAUGAAUUUUGCCAUAGAUGAAAUGAUAUCAAAAUUAUUUAUUAAAACGGCCUCCAGACAAAUAUUAAAAUACUAUUUAAAUGCAAAAAUGAUACGAGCCACUUAUCCCUGCCAUUAAAAUACAUACAGUAACACCAUGUGCAAUAGAAAGAACAGAAGGCCUCUUUGGCCCUGAUGACACUUUAUGCAAACGCGGCCUAGUAUUAACUAAAUAUUUAUUUGUCAAUUACAUACAUAAUCUCUUACAGAAAUAAAAACAAGUAAUGCUGAAAAGAGAACUGUACGUUCCAAUUGUGGGAACAUUUGACACACAGAGAUGGUUUUAUGUUGACUUUAGUUACUGACAUUAACUUCAACACAGUUCCAUAAUCACUAAAAAGGAAGUACAGGGAAAGCUGCAUGAAGCCUCCAAUAGAGCAAUGUUCAGAUUUUACCAUACCGUGAAAAAUAAAGAUCAUGUGCACAGAU